CAAUCCUCUGGUAAAAACUGCGCCGGUCGGGACUCUGCAAUUUAAUCUGAUCCAGAGGCAGCCAUUAACGCUGAUCCAACUGAUAGAAUUGAAGCGGCUUUUUUAACAAUGGACUUUCUCAAUAUCUAAUGAAUGCCCAAGGAACAUUGCAUAUUGCAGAUACGCAAAACUCCAAUCCUAUCCUGUAUAAGAAUAUCUCUAAUACCAUCAGGACGGGAAUGGAAGACGUGCAAAAACUAUGCCGAAAGAAAAACCAAAGCUAGCUAAGAAAUCAGCACUUGGGUCGGCCUGGCCUCUCUGCAGACGUGACGAAGACUGACAGCCCAAUUCCAUCGCCGCAUACUUGAAUUUCAUGAAAUACCUUUUUAACUUUAGUAUAUAUGAUCAUGAAGAAAAAGAGAAGGAACUGAUAUCCAUAGUGACAAAUUGAUUUCUUUUGAGGCUGCAACUUUCCGCCCUCACUCAGGGGAUCUGCCAGUUUUGGAACCGCUUAAUCAAUUGCAGUUCGAGCACAUGUUGAUAACUUAUGGACAUAAAAGUUGCUAUCAAGGGACAUUUUAUAUGUUAAUAAUGCCUUCCUAGUUGAUGACGACAUCUAAUUUACUGCCCUUUUUUUAGUCUUUGUUUUAUUAAUUAGUUUUUUUUUUCUUUUUACAUCUUUGUCUCAACUUAGUCACGUCAUCAUAAUCAAAUUCUAAUGUUAUAUUAUUAGUUCAGAAACAUUUCUGUAAUUGUACUUCAUUAAGCAUCUCUUUGUUGACUUUUUUCUAGUGUCUUUUUGAUUGAUUAAUUAUUUUUACAUCUUCGUUUUCAACUUGGUUUGGUCUUCAGAGCCAAAUUCUUAUGUUAGAUUAUCGGUUCAUUUCUGAACUUGUACUUCAUUAGAAAUCUGUAGGAGGAUUACUUAGACUCUGCUUUUCAAAUCAGUUACACAAGGGAAAAAAAUGUCAGACCAAGAAAAAGUCUGUGUGACAGGUGCAGGAGGGUACUUGGGUUCGUGGUUAGUGAAGCUUCUUCUUUCUAAGGGUUAUGUGGUCCAUGGAACUGUGAGAGACCCAUGCGAUGACAAGAACGCACAUCUGAAGCAAUUGGAAAACGCUGCAGUGAAUCUGAAACUCUUCAAGGCUGAUUUGUUGAACUAUGAAAGUCUUUCUCCUGCUAUUCGAGGAUGCACCGGGGUUUUCCAUGUUGCUAGCCCACUUCCACAUCCAAGUCAACUUACUUCCAAGGAAGAACUAAUGGAACCUGCUGUCACUGGUACGCAAAAUGUUUUGGAUGCGAGCUCAAAGGCUAAAGUGAAGAAAGUAAUUGUUGUGUCCUCACUUGCUGCCAUUGUGCUAAAUCCAAGUUGGCCAAAGGACCAAGUCAUGGAUGAGGAGUGUUGGUCUGACUUGGAAUUCUGUGAGGCAAUUAAGAACUGGUAUUUCCUUUCUAAGACUGCUGCAGAAAAAGAAGCUUGGGCAUUUGCAAAGCGGUGUAACCUAAACAUCUUAACAGUUUGUCCUGCUCUAAUCAUAGGGCCACUGCUGCAGCCAACAAUGAAUGCCACUAGCUUACACCUCCUACAGCUCUUGAGAGAUGUGCGUGAUGCAGCAGAAUCACUCUUGAUAGUAUAUGAGAAUCCUGAAGCAGAGGGAAGAUACAUAUGUUCAUCACACGAGAUGAGAACUCAAGACUUGAUUAACAAAUUGAAGUUGAUGUAUCCCCAUUACAACUAUCCGAAAAGUUAUAGUGGAGAAAGGAUGUUAGCAAAGGUGAGUUCAAAUAAGUUGCAAGAUUUAGGAUGGAAAUAUAGGCCAAUGGAUGAGACACUUAUUGAUGCUGUGAAGAAUUAUGAAGAGAUUGGCGCGCUGGUCGACAACUAGCUAACCAGUUAUAAUAAAUUAACAAUGCCCGGGAAAACCAGCUCCUGUGCUAGAAGCCUAUAUUAUUGAUAUAAUUGGGACACCAAGCAGCAGCUGUUUUAUGUGUUAACUGGAUCCUGAGUAAACACAAGUUUACCACAUGUACUGAUGAAAUGUAAUACUGUGCAAGGGAUAAACUGUUUCAAUGUAAUGGUUAGUCGGUUACGCAUCCACAAAACUCUAGACCGCCAAAGUAAUGGGAUCUAAAAAGUGGACUUAAUAGUAACCAACAGCAUAGGCUCAGAAUUGUAGACUUGUUGGAUUUAUAUU